AUUGUUGUGUUGAAACUCUUAAAUUGUAUGUUCUUCCAGAUGGUAUUAAAUAUAAAUACAGGUUUAUUGCAUGUGUAAGGUAUUAUGGUGCUGCAGGGCUUCUAUAUUUAAAUUCCUUCACUUUGAUAUUACCAUGAUAUAAGUAAGCAGUUCUUUAUCUAUCACCCACAAACCUGAUCAAUUGAGCUUUAUGGUGCUUCUUCUAUCUCUAAUUUUCUCCUUCAAUUCUCAAGUUCUGGUGCUAAGAAGCUCAAGAGGGUUCAAGCACAUAUGCCGAAGAUCCAAAAGAAUAGCCAUCAACAAAUGAGAAAUUUAUGAUUGAAGCGAAGAAACCUUCAAUAGCAUCUGCUCUGUGGAAAGAGAAGAAAGUCCUUCCAAAGAGUAUGUAUAUCACCUGAGGAGCCAAAAAGAGUUAAAGAGUAGCUCAUCUUGUGCUUUUGAAGCUCCAAGUGGAUUGGUUGAGUCUUCUACUAAUAAGAGGUAGUUUGGUUCUUAGAGGAUAACUGGAGAUGGAUCGUCUUUGAGAAUUGAAGAUUUUAGCUAGCUAUUUCUUUCCUAGUUUAAAAAAACAUCAUGCAUACCAGUUGGGAAUUCUCAUUAGGAACCAUGAGAUUCCUAUUGUUUGAAAAGGAGACUAGGCAUUUAUCAUUAUUCAUGGAAGAGUGAAGGUUUAGUAGCUCUAUAAUGCCCGGGUUUUUCUUUCUUUGCCCCUUUUUCUUUUGUUAGGAGCGGAUGAAGCCAAUGAAGUUCAUUUAAACCAAGGUUUAAAUGAACUAAGAGAGGAGAGAGGAGAGAGGCUUUUUCUUUUCUCCUCUGUGAUCUUAUAGAUGGGAGAGGCUUUGGGAGCGCACUCAAUGAAGCCACCACAAGCAUUAGUGAAAGCAAUGAAGGAGCCUGAGUUCCAUCGAGGGACAGGCACAUCUCUAACCGACAAUGCUCUUGCGCACUUCAAAGGAUCUCCUCUUUCAAACACUAGGAAUGCUGGAGUUGAAUUUCCACCGCGAGAAGAGAAUAGUGUUCCAUUUUUUACUCCACCUCAAACCCAGCCCAUCGUUAAUCAACCUGCUGCAACUUAUGAGGAUGCUGUGAUUCAUGCCUCUCUUGAAUCUGAUGCUUCUGGCCUGAGCUUGCCAGAGAUACGAAAUGCACAUGGACUUGCAGAUGUUCUAUUGGAGAUGCUUGGUGCAUUGGACCCUAAAAAUCCAGAGGGCGUGAAGCAAGAAGUGAUUGUUGAUCUGGUUGACCAAUGCCGAUCUUAUCAAAAGCGCGUCAUGCUGCUUGUAAAUAGUACAGGAGAUGAAGAACUUUUAUGUCAGGGAUUGGCUUUGAAUGAUAGUCUUCAGCGAGUUCUCAAACAGCAUGAUGAUAUAGCAAGUGGAACUGCUACUAGGGAAGUAACAGGAGCUGAAUCAUCUGCUCUUCCAAUUAUAAAUCUUAGUCAUGAAGACGAUGAAUCGGACGAUGAUUUUGCUCAGUUAGCUCGGAGAUCAUCUAGAGAUAAUUCCCAAGGACUGAGUAGAAAAUCAGCCAAUGGUAAUACUGAAGUGACUCGUGUCAGCCCUCUCCUACCUCCUCCACCGUCAUCGAAGAAGCCUGUUGUUGCAGGUAGCAGCAUGGUUGAUUACCUCAGUGGUGAUGCCUACAAAUCAGAAGCAGCCUUGGAAACCUCACGUCCGCCUUUUAUAGUUCCUACUUCAACCCCGCCAUCUUCUUCACCCCUUUCCCAUGUCGAACGCUCUAUCCCGUCACAACCACUCUCCACUGGACAAACUGUGUAUGAUGAACCAACUCCCACGAGCAGGUCUGCUGAUCCGCUGCCUCCAGCACCAUGGGGCUCACAGUCCCAAAGCUCCUCCUUUCUUCCACCCCCGCCAUCAAAAAAUGAUCAGAGACAGCAAUAUUUUGACCAACAAGAUGGUCGUGGGUCAGGUUCGUCGUAUGAUAGCUUAGUUGGACAUACCCAGAGCCUCUCUCUCAGUCCACCAACUCCAACCAAACAGGAAAAGCAAGAAGAUGUGCUAUUUAAGGAUCUGAUUGACUUUGCCAAAACUCGGUCGUCUGGGUCGUCAAAGCCGAACCGAUCUUUGUGAACAUUUGAGUAAAUACGAAAUUAUAUGGUGUUCGUACAGAUUAUAAAGUUUUUUUAGCCCAUCAGGAUUGGAGAAUUAUCAAUUACCAAAUUCUAUUUUGGAAUAGGAAGCCGGUGUUUGGGUUGUGUAUGUAUGCUGUUUCUUGAUUGUUUAUGAGUCCAGCAGUUUAUUGCACAUAUUUGGCUAUUAUAUAUAUAUAUUUUAAUUUAUCGUAUGGUGAUUAUAUCCCUA